UUAAUCAGCAAUUAUAUGUAACAGAUUAGCAUAAAUUUAUGUAAAAAAAAAAAAGGUGGUGGCAGGGAGAAUAUGAGAAGAGAUGAGGGACCGAUGCAUGCAUGGCGACACGUGGGAUCUCAUCAUACCCGCCUUUUCCUUUCUACAAUUUUCUCAACACUUUUUUUUGGCGGGGACUCUCAAUUCAGGCCCUUUCCCGUCAUUUCGCGUCUCCCAAUUAGGGUUCCAUUUUGCUCCCUGCCACCUCCCCCAUGUCGGUCUGCCUCUCUCUCUUCUUUCUCUCUCUAUGAUCAUACUGCUCAGCUCGCCAUUGCCUCCUUUUCUCUCCGUAAUUCACAAGAUCACAUGACCAUUUCGCCAAAUCCUGCUCCGUUCAUCUUCUCUCGUCGAACAAUUUCCUCUUUUCUCCCUUUCCCGCUUUCAAAAAGAGUUUAAUAGCGAUCACAAAAAGUCAUGGAAUCUAGCCAAAAGGAAGAGGGCUUGUCGUCGGAGGAGACGAUCGGAGCGGAGAUCAAGAAAUGCUGCUCCGACUGCAGAACCACCAAGACGCCGCUGUGGAGGAGCGGCCCUUCAGGCCCCAAGUCUCUGUGUAACGCUUGCGGGAUCAGAUACAGAAAGAAGCGGCCGGCGGCGGCGGCGGCGACGGUGAAGAACGACGGUAAGAAGGGGAAAAUAGGGAAAACGAGGAGGAACUUGAUGCCUCUGGGGCAGGAAGUAGAGGUGGUGGAGAGGAGCCCAAGAGAGUGGGGUGAAGUUGAGAGGGCUGCCCUGCUUUUGAUGGCUCUUUCUUGUGGUGCUGUUUUUGCCUAGGAGAAGAAGCUAGCUACCUAUUUUGAAUUUCUUCAUCAUUUUGUAGGUAGAUUGAAAAGGGGGUUAGGAGUUAGUUUUAGAGAGUACAAAUAUCCUGUUUUCCUUUUUUUGGUGGGUUAGCUAUGAAAGAAAAAAGUGUAAAUAUAAUAUGGAGAUCAUCAAUCAAGUGCUCUCUUUUCCAACA